UAUCUAAUAUUAGUUUCCCGUAUUAAUAACGGGAUGUUUUAUUUAAAUAUGAAUGUUUAAAAGCAAAUUAAAUUUCAAUUAAUUGAUUAUUUUACAUGUUUUUAUAUUUUGUCUUAUCCGGAGAGGUAGCGAUCGGCGUCUUGUAUCAGAUUCUUUAUGUUAAUUAAGUAGAUAUCUGUAUUUAUUUUAUUAUUUUUAUUUAUUUCAUUACCUUUGACUCCGAUCUGCAAACAAAUUCACUCCGGCGGUCACAGCUUAUUAUUUUUAUGUUAUUAAUUUAUUUAUGUAUCUACUUAAUAUUUAAUUGUUCUUCGUGUUUAUAUCUGAGUUUAUAUCAUCACUUAAUUACUUAAUAUUAUGAAGCAUCGUUAAAGAUUGUAUUUUGAUAUACCGAUGGUAAUCUGUGACAGUGUCUGUCUUUAUUACGAGCUUUAAUACAUUCAGACUCCAUUAUAUGAAGUUACGAUUAUCAUAAAAGUUGUGAUUUGUCAAAUGUAUAAUAUUCUGGUACUUAAUAUGUGUAUGCUGGCGUUAUUACCUCGUGUGAUCUAUUUUUAGUGGCUUAUCAUUUGGUACAUUUAAUCAGCCUCCUGGCACGUGUAACAUAGAUAAGGUUGUUUUUGUUUUCGUAUACUGACCGACAUUUGCGUAAAGUAACCCAAAUAUUUGAUUUACGACAUUGAAAGGUUAAUGUACUUGGUUAUAGGCGUCAAUGAACUUUUUGAGGUCGCUUUGUAAUAAAAACUUUAUUUAUAGUAUUAUAAAAGUAAUGUGGUUUGUUUGUUCAAUUAUAUUCUUAUAGUUUUAGUUAAGAUGAACACUAGAGUUCAAAAGAAGAAGCGUAAAUCCACAACCAAAACAUCAUCAUUAGAAGCUGCUACACAAGAAGACACACCGCCUCCAAUGGUGAAUACAGUGCAAGAUACAGAUGAUAAUAUCCCUUCUACCUCAGGAGCAGUAAUGCACCCAGUUGUCACGAAUCGACAAGUUAGAGAAGUUCAAAAGGUUAGCACCAUUGGCGGAGGAUACACCAGAAAUAAUCCCUCAGGAGUUCAUAGACCUGAUCUCCAAGGUGAAAUUGACCGACUAAUUGUAUCAGUAGUUGCACCGAAUACGUCGAAGGUUUAUCAACAAGCGUUACGGUCAUUUAAAGAAUUUAGGACCUUGUUCCAAUUUGAAGAUCUUUGGCCUAUUCCAUUACAUCACAUAACUAACUAUAUUGCCUAUAUGUCAUUCACUGGAACUGCGGCCUCAACUGUUAAAUCAUAUAUCUCUGGGUUGAGUUUUUUCAGUAAGAUUAACAACUAUACAGAUUGCUUUAAUACUUUUGUUGUCAGAAAGCUCCUCGAGGGAAUGAAGCGUUCUCAAAAUCGACCAAAGGACGUAAGGUUACCCAUAACACUUGAUUUAUUGUUAAAAAUUAAUAACGUUCUACCUGCUGUUUGUCAUAACGAUUUUGAAACUAAACUCUUCCAAGCUUCGUUUUCCUUGGCCUUUUUUGGUUUCCUACGUGUUGGCGAACUAACCGCUGAUCAUAAACACGCCUCAACCCAAUCCCAUGCAAUUGAAUAUAACGACAUUAAAAUAAAUCUAUCUAGUAUUGAAAUCCGCUUACGUUCAUCUAAGACUGACCAGUGCUGUACUGGAACCACAAUUGGUAUUGAUGUUAGGCCAGGUGAUGUUUGUGCCGUUUUCGCUUUACGUAAUUACUUAAAAGUAAGACCAAAUGUUGCUGGUCAAUUGUUUUGUCAUUUUGAUGGAACUCCUGUCACUAGAUACCAAUUUUCCGGAGUCCUUAAAAAGUCACUGAAUGUUUUGGGUUUAAGUCAAGGAAAGUAUAGUUCUCAUUCAUUCAGGAUAGGUGCUGCCACAAGCGCUGCCAUGAACGGAUUAUCUGAUUCUGAAAUUCAGGCUAUGGGUAGGUGGAAGUCUGAUGCAUUUCGUUCAUAUAUUCGAAUACAACAAUGUCUAUAACUGUUAGAUUUAUUUUUAAUUUUGUUUAAUGAACUUGCAAUCACU